AUAGUAGAGGAGCACUGUAGUGUGCAGCAGAGUCGCAGGGCCCAGGCAGAGCCCAUCAGUCUAGACAGUUGUCUGAAGGCCUUCACCAGUGAGGAGGAGCUGGGAGAGGAUGAGCUCUACUACUGCUCCAAGUGCAAGACCCACCGCCUGGCCACCAAGAAACUGGACCUGUGGAGGCUGCCGCCUAUACUGAUAGUACACCUGAAGAGGUUCCAGUUUGUGAAUGGCCGCUGGAUCAAGUCUCAGAAGAUCGUCCAGUUUCCCAGAGAGAGUUUUGACCCUAGUGUUUACCUGGCUCCCGGAGCGCGGCGGGGGCUUAGCAGGCUACACGGUCUGCAGAGCCGCAGCGAGGAAGGCUAUGAGGAUAAGAGGAGGAGAAACGGUCUCCAUCUCCGCCCUGCUACGUAUUCUCAACAUCCUCAAAGGGUACAACACGAUACACCGCAUAGCCCCAUAUACCCAGGAAGGAUUAGGUCGAGCUGUUUUACUGAGCCCCGCUCUCUCCCUCUCUCUUCAUCUGUUUCCACAGCCUCUCCAGCGUCAGGCAGGAAGUCAGCCCCUCCCUCCUUCAUCAGCCGUACCAGCAGCCCCUGCAGCAGCCCCAAGACAGGAGGAGGCAGUCCAGGGGGCGCGGGCCACAGACAGACCCACCUCAGGCUCCCCCAGCUGGCCAGCCGCCACCGCCUCUCCAACAGCAAGGAGAACCUGGAGGGUAGUACCAGGGAGAGGGGCAGCGGCCCUGACACAGAGCCCAGGGAGGGAUCACCGCAGGCGGACACGGAGGGUGGGCUCGUGGGGGUGAUGAGUGGAGGUUUUGGGGAGGUCGGGGUGAGAAGCGGGCCAGAGAUGUCCACCACAGAUGCGCCCAGCAGCCUCAGUAAUGUUAUCGUGAUGAACGGGGACAGCGGUGGCCAUAGCAACGAGGUACUAAGCACGGAGGCCAGUACGGAGCCCAGCACGGACCUAGAGACCACUGCAACAGCCCAGCUGCACCAAAGAGACAACAGCCUGGAGAACAUCUACAACUUGUAUGCAAUUUCAUGCCAUUCAGGUAUCAUGGGAGGAGGACACUAUGUGACCUAUGCCAAAAACCCCAACAACAAAUGGUACUGUUACAACGACAGCAGCUGUAAGGAAGUGCACUCGGAGGAGAUGGACACGGACUCCGCCUACAUCCUGUUCUAUGAGCAGCAGGCGGUGGACUUCUCUCAGUUCCUGCCAAAGACUGACGGCAAGAAGAUGGCCGACACCACUAGCAUGGACGAGGACUUUGAGUCUGACUACAAAAAGUACUGUGUCCUUCAGUGAUUUCACGAUCACACAGUCUUCCACCGACCUAGCGGUCAACCGUCAACCGUCAGCAUUAUGCCUGGAACUCCUGGACAGACGGAAAGGACACAGUGCUUCUUCAGCCGGUCUCAGCUGGGCUCCCAGGAAGCACAAAAUGGUGUCUUUUGGCCGAGUCAUCACAAACUGAACCACUUGAUUGCCGGAGCGGUUGUCAUGGUUUCGGAUACCGCAAGAUACCCCCUUGUUGUUCUGUCAAGAGAACAACAUUGAAGACCCAUUUUUUUUUUAAAGCACUAAGCUGUUGCACAUUGAGCCUGAGGAAACUCUCGUGUGUGUGUGUGUGUGUGUGUGUGUGUGUGUGUGUGUGUGUGUGUGUGUGUGUGUGUGUGUGUGUGUGUGUGUGUGUGUGUGUGUGUGUGUGUGUGUGUGUGUGUGUGUGUGUUAUAUUGUCAGCACAUGAGCUGAUAUUGCUUCCUUGUUGCGCAUAUUUGUCCCCUGCAGCCAUCAAAACGUGUCCACAUACCUACAUAAUGUCUGUCUCUAUAACUCACUAUAGUGAAACGGUAGAGAUUAUACUAAUAUUAUUUUAGCGAUUUAAAAGGGGUUCU